ACCAAGCUUCUCUCUCUCUCUUGCAAAGAAAAUUUGCCAUUAAAUUCUCAAAGCUCCUCCAACUUUUCAGGCGCUCAACUUAAACUUGACACUUCUCUAGUUCUCUUCUCUACAUAUUUCCUCCUUUCUCUUCUUAUUCAUCCUAACGACAGUAAAAACAAAGCUUAACCCUUUCAUCGUUCUCACCAUGACCCAGAAUCAAGACCACCAACCUCACCGUCCUGUCCCCGUCCACGUUACAAACUCCGACCAAAACCCAAACAACCUCCCCAACUUCCUCUUGUCCGUUCGUCUCAAAUACGUCAAACUUGGUUACCAUUACCUAAUCUCCAACGCGCUUUACAUCCUCCUCCUCCCUCUCCUCGCCGCCACACUCGCAAACCUCUCUUCUUUCUCCCUCAACGACCUUACUCUUCUCUACAAUCACCUCCGUUUCCAUUUCCUCUCCGCCACUAUCGCCACCGCGCUCUUGAUCUCUCUCUCCACCGCUUACUUCACCACCCGUCCUCGCCGUGUCUUCCUCCUCGACUUCUCAUGUUACAAACCAGACCCUUCUUUGAUCUGCACUCGAGAAACAUUCAUGGACCGUUCUCAACGAGUAGGUAUCUUCACUGAAGAUAAUCUCGCAUUUCAACAAAAGAUCCUCGAGAGGUCCGGUCUUGGUCAGAAGACUUACUUCCCUGAAGCUCUUCUUCGCGUUCCUCCGAACCCUUGUAUGGAGGAAGCGAGGAAAGAAGCAGAGACGGUUAUGUUCGGAGCUAUUGAGGCAGUUCUUGAGAAAACCGGUAUUAAACCGAAAGAUAUUGGUAUUCUUGUGGUUAACUGUAGCUUGUUUAAUCCAACUCCGUCACUUUCUGCGAUGAUUGUGAAUAAGUAUAAGCUUAGAGGGAAUAUUCUGAGCUAUAAUCUCGGUGGAAUGGGUUGUAGUGCUGGCCUUAUCUCCAUUGAUCUCGCUAAACAGCUUCUCCAGGUCCAGCCAAACUCAUACGCACUAGUGGUGAGCACAGAGAACAUAACUCAAAACUGGUACUUAGGCAAUGACCGAUCAAUGCUUCUCUCUAACUGCAUCUUCCGUAUGGGUGGAGCCGCCGUACUUCUCUCGAACCGCUCUUCCGAUCGCAGCCGUUCAAAAUAUCAGCUCAUCCACACUGUCCGUACCCACAAAGGAGCUGAUGACAACGCAUUUGGGUGCGUUUACCAACGAGAAGACAACAACGCAGAAGAAACCGGCAAAGUCGGAGUCUCUCUAUCCAAAAACCUAAUGGCAAUAGCUGGAGAAGCUCUCAAAACAAACAUCACAACUCUCGGACCACUCGUCCUGCCAAUGUCCGAACAACUUCUCUUUUUCGCAACCCUCGUGACACGCAAAGUAUUCAAAGUCAAGAAGAUCAAACCUUACAUUCCUGAUUUCAAGCUAGCGUUCGAGCAUUUCUGCAUUCAUGCUGGAGGUAGAGCCGUUCUUGAUGAGAUAGAAAAGAAUCUUGAUUUGUCCGAAUGGCAUAUGGAGCCAUCGAGGAUGACGUUGAACCGGUUUGGUAAUACCUCAAGUAGCUCGCUUUGGUAUGAGCUUGCGUAUAGUGAAGCUAAAGGAAGGAUCAAGAGAGGAGACAGGACUUGGCAAAUUGCUUUUGGAUCGGGUUUCAAGUGUAAUAGUGCGGUUUGGAAAGCUUUGAGAACGGUUGAUCCGGUUGAAAAUUCUAAUCCAUGGAGUGAUGAGAUUCAUGAGUUUCCUGUUGCAGUUCCUAGGAUCACUCCCGUUACGUCGUCCUAGUUUUUUUUAAAUAAUAAUUCUUUUGGAGAUUUAUAUGUUAUGGUUGUCUUUUAAUGUAAUGAUGUGACUUAUCUUUUACAUAUCUGAUUGUAUUUUUUAUCCCAUACGCAA